AUGGAUUCCAACACAUAUGCAUCAGUCAAGAUCACCCUGAAUGGAUGCAUAACCGCACCUUCAUGGGUCAAGGAGCCCUUUUCUUUUCUUUUCCUUUUUGCUCCAUUUCUGCUUCUGCUGCCAUCUAUCGACCAAGUUGUGUCUCUGGCCAAUGCUCAACCUGGCGCGUGGUAUCGGCUCGUCAACCUGCAACGGGACCGCAGCGAUUGGGGUCAUCUACCGAUACGAAUAGGCACAUCGCGAAAGCAAAGCGGCACCUGCCCAAUCCACAGGUCCGGAUAUGAACGGGGUGCUAUGCUGGCCGUUGUGCCGCAUUUGCUUCCUUCCACCCUCGCGCUUAGCCGGCCGCAUCAGGAUCGAGAGUUCGAACCAGGGGAAAUUCCCCAGGAUAGGCUUGCGAAAGAUCGCCUGCAUUCGAACCAAGCUCGCGACUACAGCUACCCUCCGCCAGGCAUGGCCUCGAAUGCCCCAAGCAUCUUUUCUUUCCCUCCCAUAGACCCGUCAGUGGACCUUCUGAAUGGAUCGUCAUGGGCUUCAAAUGGUGAAGGACAGAGCUUUCCAGAUUUUCCGGACACUGCAUCACCCAACGUGGGCGAUGUGGAGGAAUGCCUCUUCACAUCAGGCCAGACCACUCCCAGAGGAACCAGGACGGACCGACCCAAGAGUGCAGAGGCCAUUUGGACUGCUUCCAGGACCGGCUCGGUUGCCACGACCAUGGCUCAAGCCAUGUCGAGGGCGAACUCGAGCAGGUCCAGCACUACAGUUCUUUCGCAGAAUUCACACAUGUCUGCCGCGGAUGACGCAGCCGCGUUCCAAAAUGGAUCCCACUCAACACCCCCCAUGGCUGGAAUGGACUCGUGCCUGCUGCUCGUCGCCGAUGCCGGUGGACCCAACCACCUGUAUUGGCCCGACUACAGCAUCGACGUAGGCCUGAAUGCAAACCACCAGGGCGUGUACCAUCUUCCAGGUGCUGACCCGCUACACAUGGCUCCUGCCCACAUGCAUCUUGGCCCUGAAGUCGGGUUGCCAGAUGCAUCAUCUCCUUCUUCGUGGGACUGCUUUUCUAGCUCCAUUUCUCGAACUUCUUCUCCUGCCACCAUUGAUGAGACCUGGAUGCCCGCUCCCCUGAGCUCCCGUUCUUCUCCCGACAUCAAAUGCCAGUCGCCAAGCUCCGAGAGGAAGUUGACGUUGAUCCCGGAAUACGACAACAUAUCCGCAAAUCCCAUGGAUGACUCGAUUGGCCUUACGCAGAAGCUUGGACCGCGCCGACCAAGCAACGUCAGCGAUUCCGCGAGGGAUCAUGUUCUCUACAAGAGCGCUGCCCCUGGGCCCGACGGCUUCUUCCACUGCCCUUGGGAAGGCCAGGCAAACUGCAACCACAAGGCCGAGAAGCUCAAGUGCAACUAUGACAAAUUCGUCGACUCGCAUCUCAAGCCCUACCGUUGCAAGGCGAUCACCUGCGAGGGAGCGCGAUUCUCUUCCACCGCUUGCCUCCUUCGUCACGAGCGCGAAGCGCAUGGGCUCCACGGCCACGGCGAAAAGCCGUUCCUCUGCAUCUACGAUGGCUGUGAGCGUGCCAUGCAUGGCAACGGAUUCCCCCGCCAGUGGAACCUGAGGGACCACAUGAAGCGCGUACACAAUGACCACGGAAUUUCCAGCGGCUCCCCGCCGGCAGCCGCAGUUCCUGUCAGCCAGCCAGUCAAUGGGAGCCGCAAGCGGAAGCUGGAUGCCCCGGAACAGCAGGUCUCCGCCAGCCGCAAGACGGUGGUGAAACCUGUUCCGAUGGUGGAGCAGGUACGCAACACGACCCGACCGCUUCUCGAUCAGUGGCUCGACCAUCGGCGGGCUGUGGAGGAUGCCAUUCGAGGACUGAACAAGCCCGGGGAUUCCCGGAAUCUGCGACACAUCACCAGGGUGCAGAAGCAUCUGUCUGCCAUGGCCAAGAUGACUGCCGACAACGGCGACAUGCCGAAAGCCGAUACUACGCCAGUGGCUCCCCGACGGAGUUAUGCCUCUGGCUGA